GAGCGCUGAACCGAUCGCCCCACCGGCGUCGCAGCAAACCAUGUCUUCCGCCUCCAUGCUCGCCUCCUCCGUCGCGGCCCCCGCCGCGACCCGCUUCGGCAAGAAGGCCCAGGGCGUCUCCGCCCGCAAGGCCAUCUCCCGCGUUCCCGUCGGCGGCCACAAGGUUCAGACCAAGACCCAGGCUGCGUUCGUCGUGUCCGCCUCGGGCGCCAAGAAGACGGCCAUCGUGACCGGCGCCUCCUCCGGCCUCGGCCUCUACACCGCCAAGGCUCUCGUCGAGCGCGGCGAUUACUUCGUCGUCAUGGCGUGCCGCAACGUCGCCAAGGGCCAGGAGGCGGCCAAGCAGCUCGGCUUCGCGGCCGACAGCUACGAGGUGAUGGAGCUCGAGCUUGGCGACCUCGCCAACGUCCGCAACUUCGUCAAGAAGUUCCGCGGCAAGAAGUACGCCAAGUCGCUCCAGUCGCUCAUCUGCAACGCCGCCAUCUACUACCCCAACGCCGUGACCCCCACGUACACCAAGGACGGCUUCGAGGAGACCGUCGGCGUCACUCAUCUCGGCCACUUCCUCCUCGCCAACCUCAUGCUCAAGGACCUCGUCGGAGCCCAGGACAUGGGCAUCGACAAGCGCCUCUGCAUCGUCGGCUCGGUCACCGCCAACACCAACACGCUCGCGGGCCAGGUGCCGCCGCGCGCUAACCUCGGAGACAUGUCCGGCCUCGCCGCGGGCCUCAACGGCGAUCGCAACGCCAACGCCAUGAUCGACGGCGAUCGCUUCAUCGGACCCAAGGCGUACAAGGACGCCAAGCUGUGCAACAUCCUCACCGUCAAGGAGAUGUCCAACAGGUGGCACGAGCAAACCGGGGUGACCUUCUCCACCAUGUACCCCGGCUGCAUCGCCGACACCCCGCUGUUCCGCAACCACACCCCGGUGUUCCGCUUCCUCUUCCCGCUCAUCCAGAAGUACAUCACCAAGGGCUACGUCACCAUGCAGGAGGCUGGCGGCCGCCUCGCCUCCGUGGUGUGCGAGCCCCAGUACACCACGUCUGGCGCGUACUGGGCGUGGAAGGGUGGCGGCGACCAGCUCUGGGACAACUACUGGGACAACUCCAACCGCACCGAGGCUUUCGACAACAAGCCCUCGAAGGAGGGCGGCGACAUGCAAAAGGCGAAGGAGAUGUUCGACAUGUCCGUCCAGGCGGUCGGCCUCAAGGCUGGCGAGCUCGGCCCGGGUUCCUUCCGAGCGGGCUCCGGCGGCGGCCCGUCGCUCCCGAACCCCUUCAAGGCUCUCGCCGGCGCCAAGUGA